UGUGGCAACCCAAGAGUGGCAACGUUGUACGAAAUUAGACAAACUAAAAAUUAGAUAUGCCAACAAAUAGUCACAAAUAUAGCAUUUUGCUACCCACCUACAACGAAAAGGACAACUUACCCAUUAUAAUAUGGCUGAUUGUAAAAUACAUGAGUGCCAGCGGGUACGACUACGAGGUGAUUGUUAUUGACGACGGCAGUCCGGAUGGAACAUUGGAGGUGGCAAAGGAAUUGCAGAACAUUUACGGAGAGGAUAAGAUUAUCCUAAGGCCUCGCAAAUCGAAGCUCGGUCUGGGAACUGCCUACAUCCACGGAAUUAAGCAUGCCACUGGGGACUUUAUACUAAUUAUCGACGCCGAUUUAAGCCAUCAUCCCAAAUUCAUUCCAGAAUUCAUCAAGCUGCAGGAGAAGGGUGACUACGACAUUGUGUCUGGCACACGUUAUGCAGGGGAUGGCGGCGUUUACGGUUGGGACUUCAAACGCAAGCUAAUCUCACGCGGCGCCAACUUCCUGUCCCAGGUGUUGCUCCGACCUAACGCCAGCGAUUUGACUGGCUCAUUCCGCCUGUACAAAAAAGAUGUCCUUGAAAAGUGUAUUGCCAGUUGUGUGUCUAAGGGCUACGUCUUUCAAAUGGAGAUGCUGGUACGUGCUCGCCAGCAUGGGUAUAGCAUCGGCGAGGUGCCCAUUACUUUUGUGGACCGUAUCUAUGGCAGCUCCAAGCUGGGCGGCACCGAGAUCGUUCAGUUUGCCAAGAAUCUAUUGUACCUUUUUGCAACCACAUAAAAUUCUGAUCGACUAAUUAGAUUUUUAAACUUUUAAAUUUCUUUGGAUUUUCUUCGCUUUUGUUUGUACAUUUGGUAAGAUUUGUUUAAAGAAUUUUACAUACAACUAUGAA